UUUUUUCAAGGACCUUUUGUUGUUAGUGACCAGUUCUUCCUUGUUCUGUUUUUGAAAGGAAUUUUGCAACCAAAGUUUGUCGACUCUUUCUUCAAAUUUGGACUUAAAUGCAAUGGCCGUGAAAGCAGUACCACAGGAGAUGGGUCACAGCCUUCGAAUUCCCUUGAUGACGUUCAGAAUACAUUUUUGGAAUCUCAGGCUGAGUCACUUGUUCGCCUUUUCUUCUUUAGAGGUUCUCCAGAAAGUAUUUCUCGAAUUCCAAAGGAAGACUUUGAGCAUUGCAGCCUCGAACUUGACUUUGUAAAGAUUCAGGAUGACACUUCAAUUUUUAGUAAAGAAUUUUUAGUUUUUUUUUAAAUUUUUUUCUAGAACAUAUUACUCGCAUCCUGAAUUUGAAUGCUACAACUCUACUGCUUGACAUUUCAUCGGAAUUUCAUAAUUGCGUUUCUUCAUUUAAUCGUCAAAAGGUUUCUGCUGGUCGAACUCUCUUCGCUACACUUUCUUACACGAUCGAUGCAAUCUACUCUGAAAGUGUUACACGCUAUGAUUUUCCUUUUGAUCAGUUCACUCUUCUGCUGUUUUAUGUGGCCGAUUGUUGUCCAAACUUAAAGGCAAUGAAUGUCCAUUUUCAACUGCAGGGCGAGUUUUCAGAUGACGACUUCAAAGUACUUUCGAAAUGGUUGAGCAAUACAUUUAAAGAAUUUAUUUCUGGAGGUGUACUUUCAUCUAUGGGCCUUAACUGUGACUUGACAAUCUCCUUUCGAGUUUUCUUUCCUGAAUCUACUUUAAUGGAGGCAGUUAAAAUGGAACAUGAAUUGGUGAAAAUGGGUGAACAAAAGCAGAUGGAAGGCUCUACAGCAGAUUUGGACGUUCCAGACACUUAUACUAUUUCUAGGCAGAUAAAAAUCCAGGAAAAUCCGCCAAUCAGUAUUGUUUAUUCGCUAAUUGGCAUCGAGGAUGACAGUACGAAUAAUGAUUGGGAUGGCUUCCAUGGAAAUAUGCCUAUUAUCGAUCAUUUCCCUUUGGUGGCAUUAGAAGAUGUCGACUUUGUUGGUGCUAAUUAUCAGCAAAAUAGCCAAAGUGAUUAUGAUAGCGGUUAA